ACUGCCCCUAAAAAUAACGAAUCGAUAUUCGCUCACUGCCCCCGAAUCGUCGGCCGGUCACCUCGUACACGAACAAUCAAUUUAUUGUAAGAACGAAUUCUUUCCAUGUUUCGUCCAAGUAUUUAUUACAAACACGAGCAUAUAUUUUAGCGUCAACGUUAAAAAAAUUGGUACGGACUAUCGUUAGAUGUUGAGUAAGUAAAAAUAAUAAUUUAAGCGAUUCAAAACGCAUUUUUCAAACAUUCUUCUGUGGACUUUGAGUUUUAUUUUAUUUUUAUUUUGAAUAUUAAAGUAACAUUAUUUAUUUUGAGGUGCAUUUUAUAAAAAAAACAUUAGAAAUCAAAAUCAAAUACCUUCGUUAAGUAUACUUAAUGUUCCAACGCAGUAUGCCUUAAUUUAUGUUCAGUCGUAGACAAAGUAAAAAAUUGUAAAUUGUCCAAAUAUUAAAAUUACCCACUGUAUAUCCGUCGACCGGUAAAUUAAUAAGUAGUUAUUUCGAUUUCAAAUAAACAUUGCUAAUUAUUAUAUCGAGCCAAUGUAAGGGAAUAGGCUUUAAAAAAUCUUUGUCGACGCGAUACGAAUUGGAGUAGUAGGAUCUAUUACGAUUCGCGUGCACACGUGUAUCCACACCGAGCGCGGUCAUAAAUAUACACGUACCCAUGUGAUGAUUACGUCAGUACCCGGUUGCAGUCUGUGCUCAUCGUAUUGCGACACUCUUCAACGAGCAGUUUCAUGUUCCAAGGUCUUUUAUGCGAGUUCACUUUUCGAGUCGAACAAUGGACUGGUAAUAUUGCCCCCUCGGGCCACGCUAGGAGCGAUACUCGAGUAACGGGAAUUUUCUCUGCUUUCCAUUUGAAAAUUGGGCUUUCCAGACCGCAGACUAGGAUUCCUUUGCGAUAGUAUCGCGGCCGAUAUCGUUCGAAAAGAUACUCGAGCGCGGAGCCUUUGCCACGAAUCGAGAAUAAAGUGAUCGAACACGAGUAAGAUCGAGAGAUCGGUAGGCAGGAUAUAUCUCCUCGAGGCACACGAUUUCAAAGAGAAAUAAAACAACCUGCACGAUAGAACAGUGCCGACAGUUUACUAAUGCGUUUUGAGUUGGAUAAAUUGUUAUUUUUAUAUAUUUAACAUUUAAUGGUUGUUUAUAACGUUGCCAACCGAAUGGGAAAAUUUAGAUUAAAUAUUCAAGUUGAACGAAAGGUGGGGUAGCUUUUAACCCACCUAACUCCGAAGAGAUAUAUCGAAUGGACACGCCUGGAAAAAUCGUCCUAUCGUGACGUGGACGGUUCGUUUUAUUUUUAACAUCUUUAAACGGUAACGGUCGAGUAACGUUCAAAUAAAGCAUGCUAAAGUGUAGUAAAGCUUUUAAUAAAUAUAAUGAGAGAAUUUGGUACAAGGGAACAUAAUGCGAGCAAAUGUUGAGGAAGGAAGAAAUAGAUCUAAUUUACUAAUACUCGUAAUUUUUGUCGCGUGUGUUUUUUAAUAUAUACAAUAAUUAUUUUCUUCAAUUGCAACAAAAAAUAAUUCCUCGUUUACAUUAUACAACCAUACCUGUAUACCUGUGACACCCUGAUACAUAAAUGUCAUACUUCUUUUCAAACAUCUACAUACCUCAAACGAGUGCAGUGUAUAUCUGUCAUUGCUUGGAAGGUCAGUUUCUUAUCUUUACAUUUUCAUUCUUGUUAUAUACAUUCCUGUUUCUAUGUUCCGUUCAUUUUUAUAUCUCUGUUAUCCUUCAUUAAGUUUUCCCUAUAUUCCUACACCUCCGAAGGAGGCCAUGCUUUCAUACUCUCCGUUAUGAACUCUGAGUGAGUUCGCUCCAAUUAAAGAAAUCAAACCCACGUGUCUAUUGUUCGUUACAGAUCGCAAACACUUCCGUGAAAUCCCGAAGCUGAUAUCCAAUCAAAAACGUUCAAACACCAGUGAAAAUCUUCCCAAAACGUGCCAUUCGAUUAAAAUUCCGCUAUCAACGAAUACUAACUCUCCCGAAAGGGGGAAAAGGCGAAUUGCACCUGUUGUCGUUCGCACCGAGGAUAAUAGACCUUCACGGACCGCUAGAUUUAAGCGUCUUCAUCCGAAAUUGAAAAUCUUGGAAGAGGACGAAAAUUUUCUCGGGUGAUACAAUGUCGAAUCUGAAAUGCGUAAAAAAGAAGCAGGGUUAGGUCGCCGGGGGAGGGGCAGAAGGGAAGGUCCCUUCUUCUCGCGAACGUCCGAUCAGGCUACCGAGAAGCAACCCCUUGUAAACGGGAGGGUUCAGGGUGGAUAAAGCUGCUGGGUACGCCGGUGGUAAGGGGUUCGUGGCUAGGGAGGGUGCCAGCGAAUGGAGGGGGGAGGGGGGUGUCUGCUUCUGCGAAUGUGUCCGCGGAUGCGGGAUGUGUGUGUGUGCGUGUGUGUGUGUGUGUGUGCGCCAUACGCUCAGGGAACAGUUGAUGUUAGAAAGAGAGCAAUGAGACAGACGUUUCGGUAUGGUACAUUGAGCGAGACAAGGACGAGGAAUUGAAUGAAGAGAGAAACUGAUAGAGAAACGAAGAGAGACAGCGGGCGUGGGAGAGGGACAGAUAACGGGAGGGAGAGAGAUCGAAAUAUGUGAACAGGAGAGGAAGAGAGAGAUGGAUAAUGAAGAGAGAGGUCUCUCCCCAUGAUACGCGUACACACAUCCUGGUCCCUUAUUCCCCCGUACGUGCGAAGGGGGUUUCGAGAGACCAGCAACGGUGGAGCCACGACGACAACGAGCCACAACCACGACGGCGAACACGACUACUACGACACCGCGUGGGGGUUGCACGAAGACCCCCUGGUGGGGUUCUGGCUGCCGACCCCACAGUCCCCCGCUGGAAAUGAUAUCAGUCGCGACUCGGUCGAGGGAGCCCCAGCACGCGCGUGCCCCUUGCAGAGUGAGCUCAGCUCGCUUGCUCGAUUCUCCAACUCUGCAGUUACGUUCGCGUUAGAUUUUUCCACGACGGUGAGUGUUUUCGCACGAAAUACUUGCUGUGUUCCAUCCGGGGGGGCAGAGAAAAGGGUGUACACACACGGUGGUCGUGAAGGAAGGAACGAAAUAGACGUCGACACGGUGCAAACGUCAGUCUACCCUGAGCUUUUUUGGAGCGUGCUCUUACUGGUUGAUUCCGGUGGCCCGUCGCGGCGAGAACGAUUUUUAAAAACUUUUACCCAUUGGAGGAAAUCGGAAGAGGUGACUCAACGUGCUAUAAUAAUGGGCGAGAAGACGUUCAAUCUCACGUGGAACAAUCACCUGGCGAAUUUGUCUGGAUUAUUCGAAGGACUGUAUAAGAGUGGUUCUUUGACCGACACGACCUUAGCUUGCCAGGGUGGCAUGCUGAGAGCACACAGAUUAGUGUUGGCAGCAUGCAGCCCUUACUUCGAGCGAGUUUUCAAAGAGCACUAUGGCGAGCAACCGAUUCUCAUUUUAAAAGGGGUGGCGGUGGAAGAAAUGGAAUGCCUCCUAGACUUCAUGUAUCGAGGCUCCAUCGAUGUCGCCGAGGAGCACUUGCCCUCCCUGAUAAAGACUGCGACGGACCUAGAGGUUCGAGGUCUGUCGGGUGAUCAGAGGAACCAGGAAAGCACUCGUAGCCCGUACACCAGAGUCGAGACCCGAAUGCAAUGGCGUCACAUAGAAACCAGGGUCCACACGACCGAAUACAUGAAAGAACCGUCAGUCAUCCCGUUUUUACCCAAACAGUCUUCCGUAGAGUCGUUGGAAGAUCACAUCAAAGUUGAAGAAAUCGAGGUAGAGGACGAUCCAAUGGUGAUCGACGGUCACGAGGAAUCGUUCGACGAACCCGUGCGAACUUCGGAAACGCAAAUCAGGCGCAUGCCACCGCCAAUGUACAAACGGGAGACGAGAUUCAAAGGCCAAAAAAGAGUCUCUGUUGGACGGCCCUCGAGAAGCACCGAGUCACAGGAAUACAAAUCGAAGGAACGGGCAACCCUAAAAGAGGACUCCGCGAGAGAUGACAACUACGAAGAUUCCUCGAGCGCGUCUAAAUUCGACUCGAGUUACAACGGAUCCACAGAUCCCACGGUACCAGACGUAGAGAUGAACGAAGACUUACAAGAACGAGCUGAGAGUCUGGAUUCGUCGAAGAGCGCGGACGAGAGUUCCAGGUUAACGAUGAAGAAGAAGAGCGACGGUCCCUCGAAGAGGACAAGCCUGCACGAUGGGAAAGAGUCCACCAGGCCCAUACUGGCCAAAUCCGACAGGGCGCAAUACAAACCUUUCUCCUGCGACCUUUGCACUCUGGCCUUCACGAGAGCCUCCCACCUGGCUAGACACAGGAGAGUCCACACGGGCGAGAGACCGUUCGCCUGCAGCAUCUGUCCGCGGAUGUUCGCCAGGCAGGACAAGCUGAAGCAACACGUGGACUCGCACAUGCAGUGGCCGAAGAGGAAGAGCAGCCUGUCCAGCACGAGUUGCCAACCAACGAUUUCCCCACCUACUAAAGGAAAGAGGGGCAGACCACGAAAGGUGAACCUAGAACAAUCAGCCAUGGAGGAGAUACUGAAAUUUGGCGAGUUUAGUUCAUUGCUGAACAAAUCUCAUUCGGCGAAUUCGACAGUGAAAAGCGAGGAUUUCACGAUGGACGACAAGGAGGAGAAGGUCGAAGGUCGAAAAAAAGUUGUCGACGAGCAAAUGGACGAAGAUAAAGAAAAGGACACGGACACAGAUACGGACAAGGAUAAGGAUAAUUACGGUGAUCAGAGCGGAAACGGUCAGGACGAUAGCGUUUAAUCGAUUCUCCUCCAUAAAUCUCUUCUGUAAUUUCUGAGGAAGUGUUUCUCCACGAGUGAGAGGAUUAUAUUCAAAAGAAUGAGAGAAAACUUCGAAUUUUCAUCGAUCGACGACGCGAUCCAGGUACUUUUCUCCGAUUUUUCCGAUCCUAUAACGGGUGAUCUUUCUUUCUCCAUCGGUACAGAGAAAUAAAUGUAUCGGUCAAGAUUGUCCUAGCUGGAUGUUACAGAGUUGGAUAUUUUUGUGGACUAGGAAUUGAUUCACCUCGGUAUAUUCAUUACUUGAACAAAUACUUUGAGAUUCGGUUAUUGGUUCUUAGUACAACUAUCGUUUCAGAUCGAAGAUUGGCUCCUUUGAUCGUAGAUACACAAAUUUUUAAGAUUGUAAUGGAUCACAAAGUUAUUUAAAGGUGUGUGAAAUGAAUGUCUUGUAAACUUGUGGUAGAAAUAUUUUUGCUAUCGACAACGCUAAUUAAAAACCACUGUUUCGGGAUGUACUGUUGAAUACGGUGAACGUAUGGACGAGUAAUUAUACAGGGUGGCCCGUGAGCCGUGCCACGAUUGAGACGAUUUUGAGCAUCAAUUUAAAAGCAAGAAAUAGGGCAAAUAAUAUUCGAGGACUUGUCUGUUUCAAUACAAUUCGAAUAUGGCUAUUUUAAUAUUAUUCAUACAUUUGACUAUUGGGUUAUAAUUCACGGAGUUGGCUAUUUGAAUAUUAUUUAAAUUCUCAGCCCCGGUAUAAAGCAAUUUCAUAUCAGCCAUUCGAAUUUUUCUCAUCACAAAAAGUCAAAUGUAUCACGAAUUACGGCCCAUCCAGUACAGUUAUUGCGAAGCAACUUUCACUAGGAACUUCAAGUCUUAUUUCGUUUCAUUUAUUUUCGUACGUAUAUCAUUAUGUCACGCGAGAGUAACCGAACUGACGACUCUUGCGAACACCAAAACUAGAACAUUUAUAUAAUACAAAUAACACCGUUGUCGCGGUGUUCAAGGGGUUCGAAGCAGAAGUGAACCUCACAGACAAGCGAAACGAGAACAAUUUUUUAUACGUUUCAAACGAACCAAGUUAUUCGACGAUUCAGUAGAAUGUCAUAUACAUAAACAAUUGUUUACCAGGAGUUGAGCUCUGCUUUCGUCAACAAAUGAUCGAGGUGUCGGGAUUACUUCGUUUUUCCUUCGAGUCCCUCGUUUCGGCGUCCAUCUUUCUUUGAACUGGAUGCUGACAAAGUUUGUGAUCGAUUUCGUCACGAUUCUGGUAUUUAUUUAUUUAUUUAUUGAGGUUCAAGACAUCCUUGUUGUAGAUUCGACGCGAAUUUGUUCGAAAGAGUACCUGAGGCACCCUAUGUUAUUGCGUAUUAACUAAUUAAUCGAGGGUGAAGACAGGCCAUAUAGGAAGAAAUGAUAAGAGUUUGAUAAAACGCACGACGAUACAGUGUCGCGCGGGGAUGAAAUUUAUGUGGGAUGAUAAGAUUAGGAAAAAGGGAACCUUACGUUGGAAACUCGACCAAAUUACUUUAGCUUGAAGACUGUGGUAUGGUUUGCAUUGUGGAAACUACUCGACUGACCAAAGCUUAAAUUGUGGACCUCUUCGGCGUGAAAUUGUUUCCGCAGCGAUUAAUCUCUAGGGUGAAUAUUAAUGCAAAUUUAUACUAUGUUAGUGAUUGCGUCGGUUGUUUUAACCGAUAGUGUUAUGCCUCCUUGUAUUGAAAUUUACUUAAACGAUUUUCAGUAAUUUUUUAGCGAGUCUGGUGGAACCUUCGUUGUCAGAAUUGACUUAGGCAUAGUGAAAGACUAGAUAUGUCAAACUUUUAGUAUCGUAUAUUUUUUAUUAAAAUUAUUAUCAAUAGACGCGGGUAUUUGAAAUAAUUUGAAAGCUAUUUGAAAAACAAUUACACAAUUACUUCAGAUAAUUAUAAAAUAAAAUGUUAUUUGAUAUAAUAUUAAUUAAUUUUUAUCUUCGAAGAAGAGAAACAGGAUUUAUCUUCGAUCGGAAACAGGUUGCUAAGCAAUGAUUUAUAACAAGGAUUCAGACAAUGGAGGGUCUGCUAUAUCUUAAACAAACAUUCAUGGGGUCCAAGUUACUUUUGUUAACUUGUUAACAAGACGUUUGUAUUUUUAACGAAGGGGUUUAAACGUAGACCUAACGAAUUUUCGAAUUACGCGCAUGCCUAAAUAACUGUAACGAGUAAUGCGUUUACGUUUUUCCUCGAAUUUUUAUAGAUUGCCCCUAAAUGGAAUUCAAAAUGAAAAGAUAAUUUUUUCCAUUACGUACAUAAGAAAAAAAAACAAGGAUCAAUAUUUCUUUAAACAAUACGCGAUAAGGAAUUUAUAACAUUGACGAACAUUGAAAUUUCACAGGAAUACAACACACUUAAUUAAUGUAUUUAAUUUCUUUAUUGUUAAGGUGAUGGUCUGUUUCCAUAGUAACUAUUUAGAAAACUAUUUUGAAAAAUGUGUGAAAGAUCGUGAGUCUAACAAAAUAGAGAAAAUGCAAAAUUGUUGCUAAAGAGAGUUCAUAUUUGACUUGUUCCAUUUAAUCUCUUUAAAAUUCGCGCUCUACAACUAUUUUCUGUCUUGAAUACGGCGCGUGGAAGGGGAAGAGACCCCGCGAGCUAGGCAGCCAAUGGGUUGGGACUCUCGCACGGGACCCAUCCCCUCCAUAUGAGCCUCGGCCGAGAGAGAAAGGCGUCAGUGUGGGGCAGAGCGCGGAACAGAAUAGAUCGAGACACGUGCAUCCUCGUGUAACGCGUAACCUGACGGCGAUCGGAGUGGGGGAAGCUCUUGGACACACGUGUUGGUCAUUGAUCAAGUAUAGUGUGUCCAAGUGUAGUGAAUGUGUCGUAAAUUAAAAAAAAGACAGAGAUUUGUGUAAAUUUCGAUUUUGUUGGACGCACGAUCAUUUGCAAACUUCCUGUACAACUUUCUAAAUAGUCACAUUGGAAACUGGUAGUCGUCCGAGGAACACGAGGAUGAGACACAUUAAUUAGGGGCAAACCAGGUAAAUGGAGAAGACUUUUAUUCACCUUCAGUUCCUCGUUUUCUUGAAUCAAGUCUGUUGUUUCCUCUGGUACCAGACCAGUUCCGUUCAAUGAGAAGCUCGCCGUAAUCCCACGAGCCCUGGCACGGCUAUCCCAUUGGUCGCCCUGACCUCGCAAAACUCGAAUCACCUGAAAUCGAACAGAAUAGUUUUACACUACAAAAUCCCUUGAAGUAAUAUGGAUUACCUUGGGUCCGAACACGAGAAAGACGGUUACAGAAGUGGAAAGUUGCGUACGCAGGAACCCCAGCAGAUACUUGAUAUCCGGUCCGGCGUGAGGAAAAAUGAAAAGGCUCAGCUAUGUUGUAAAUUGCAUAGCUUAUCAAACGGGCCUCGUUGAAGAGACUUUCUGCGUUGCGAACGUUGUAACAUACUUUGAUGCCCCACGCGAGGAACAGGAUUUCUCCUUUAAAAAAAAGGCCGUGUAGGAGAUGCAGAAACCAAGAUGUCUGGUCCACUUGGUGGCGACGCAGGAGUACAUAUCCAAGACGGGAAAUAUGGCGGCCAUCUGAUUGGUUAACAAUAUGUUUGCAUCGAUAUAUAUCGAGUAUAUAAUCACGAUGUUGUAAUAUUGUUAUUUGUGGUGCAGAGAAUUGCAAGAAAAUAUUAUACGUACCUCGAGGUACAUGAUAGCACAACCUAAAA